AUGAACGCGUCCUCCAGGUGGAGCGGCAAACGGCAAAAUGUCUUCAAGUCUGUCUUUGACACGGACAUAUCGCAGCCCACUCCGUAUUCGACACCAUCUCAGAGGUUCGCCUCCCAGGGAGAGCCAUUCGGCGGUCCCCCACCUCCGCCCUCGCCAGCACACCAUCAGUCGCCCUCGCGCGCCCACUUCGCCAGCAGCAGUAAACUUUCAGAUUCUCAAAGCUCGCUUCCAUCAACCCGCUCCAACGCUCUUCCUUCCAAUCAAGCCAAUGACCAGAUUAGGUGGGAUCGAGCGUGGCACGUGGUGACGACCCGUAUUCAACUUCCCCCAUCGGUGGCCGCUGAGGACUCAUUCGGCACACUGGCUCCCGAGUCUCAAGACUACGAUGCGGACUUCUACGACAGUCUUAGCCUGGUUCUCCAUCCCAGGAAGCACGCCCAGCACGCCGCCACCACCGAAGACAUCCUCUCCUGGCAUACCCAGCAGGUCCGCCACCACUUCGCCCAGCACGUCCUCCCCCUGUUAUCUGCAUGCACCACAUACGGUGACCAGGCUCAGGUACUCCUCGGAAGUAUUCAUACGCUGGAGGCAGCUCACCGCCAGUACCUCUAUGGGCUGUCCCUUAUUGUGCGGGGCCUGGACAACAAGCGUGCAGACAUCGCCGCCGACAAGUUCAGGCGUGAUUUGCACGCAGUCAUCGGCAAUUCUAUGUCGCAGGCGCUUAUGGAAUCCCUCCGAGCCGUUCUGGGUCGCUUAACGAGGGUGAUACUGGGCAUGCAGGCUCGCUCUUCCUUCGGGGCAUCUCGCGGAAUCGACUUGCAAAGGAACAGUCAGGUAGCAGUACCAACACCAGCACCCGCGGUGGCAGCGCGGCAAGAACUUCUGCAGCUGAUCGAGACACUGCACAAAGUUGGACUUGCUGGGGAGAGGUUCCAGGUCUUACUCGCCGAGCUGAUGGACGCCAUGAUGAUCGAGCAUGUAAAAACAUCCUUCGCUGGCGUAUGGACACAGUCACACGCAGGCAGCGGGAAGGAUGCUCCGCGCGCCUCGUCGGUUUCUCGCGCUGCGAAGCUUGGCGCGCCUUCGCACUGCAUCACAGCACUCUGCGACUGGGUCGAGAACCACUACUCGCGGCUAGCAGUUGAAGUGUUUGCCCGCCUCGGCAGCGGGGAUAUUGCUUGGGCCGAUGUCGAGAAGUGGAAGGAGAUUGCAAUCGGCCGCUUGGCCGUCAUGCGCAUCCAUGAACUUUUCGACAUUGUCCUGCAGUGGCCUGAAAGCAGAGGAGCCCUUGACGACCUCCGCAGCGCUAUCACUACGCCUCAGAGACGCUUGCAACUGACGGAUACAUUUUCGGCUGCAUUGCAGAAACGGUUGUUGCAUCCCGGCAGGUCGACGCUCGACAUACUUCGGGUGUACAUCUCCAUGAUUCGGACUUUCCAUGCUCUUGACCACUCCAAGGUGCUCCUGGACCGAGUGGUACAUUCGCUCCAGCUUUAUUUGUGCCAGCGAGACGAUGCCAUCCCCAUUGUUGUCACAGGACUCUUGUCCAAUCCGGACGACGUUCACACAGAAGCAAGCAAAACGAAGCUCGUCGAGCUGGCAGUUUUACUCAAUGAUCCGUCACAGCAGCGGCGUCCUGCCACGGAUGAAGAGGAACUGGACUGGGACGACAUGGGGUGGAUCCCGGAUCCCGUGGAUGCCGGCGUCAACUACAAGCGUCCCAAGUCGGAGGACGUCAUCGGAACACUUAUUAACGCUCUGGGCUCACAGGACAUCUUCAUCAAAGAGUUUCAGAACAUCAUCGCAGAAAGGCUGCUGUCCACACAAGCCGAGUUCAUCCAAGAAAUCCGGGUGCUCAAUCUACUCAAGAAGCGGUUCGGAGAUAACGCCCUGCAAAACUGCGAUGUCAUGAUCAAAGACAUCCAAGACUCGAAGAGAGUCGAUUCCAUCAUCUCCAAGACAGUCAGGACAGGCUAUAUCGGUGGACCUGUCCGGAAGUCCAAAGAGCUGCCGUCCUACCAUACGAAGAUUCUCUCCCGGUUAUUCUGGCCGACGAUGGAUCGGGAGCACUUUAUCCUCCCACAACCCGUUGCAGAGGUCCAAGGGCACUACGAUGGUGAAUUCGAGCGUCUCAAGUCUUCUCGCAAGCUGACAUGGCUCAACAAUCUCGGGAACGCCACCGUCAGCCUCGAGCUGGAAGACAGAACUGUCGAGAAAGAGUGCAAGACGUAUGAAGCCGUCGUCAUCUACGCUUUCCAGGAAGACGCAACCUACAAUAGACCACUUCCCGUGCGUCGUACCAUCGACCAGCUCGAAGAGAUUCUCCAGAUGGACGAUGAUCUUAUCCGGUCUGCCAUCUCCUUCUGGAUCAGUCAGCGUGUCCUUCGCGAGACCGAGCCGGGCAAGUUUGUCGUCCUGGAGAAUCUGGAUGAUGAUGCCAACGGCGGUGCAGACCCCGUGGUACCUGGUCCAGACGAAGCACCUGUCCCCGAGUCGGGUGAUCUCUCGCCCAAGAAGCCCAGCGCGCUGGACGCCAAAGAGCAAGAGCGACGACAUAUGUACUGGCAGUUCAUUGUCGGCAUGCUCACGAACUCGAGCCCGGCCAUGCCGCUGGGUCAGAUCGCCAUGAUGAUGAAGAUGCUGAUCGCGGAUGGGUUCCCCUGGAGCAACGAGGAGCUGCAGGAGUUCCUUGCGGAGAAGAUGGCGGAGGAAGAGUUGGAAUUGGCAGGCGGCAAAUACCGGCUGCCCAAGAAAUGA